AUGGAAGCCACACCCUCAACAUUUCACUCAUUCAAGAACCUCCCGCCCGAGCUCAGACUGCUGAUUUGGGAGGCAUCGGUCUGUGUCAAGUCUCCAGGCGUGAAGUUUGUUUCCCUCGAAUCGAACGCGACAGCUCAAAAUGCCGAUGGCAAAUAUGUUGUCAAUCUCCCUUGCUGUAGCGAUGAAUACGCGACUCUGAAUCCGUCAACCUUCUAUAUCGGACAGUUGAUGGCUUGCAGGGAAUCAAGAUACGCCGUGCUGAAGCAGUAUACAACCGGCAUCACAGCCGAGGCUCGUCUCACCUAUCGCAUGCGACUUUACGGACGUGACGUCUCCUUCGACAGCAACGCCUUACCCAAAAACGACCUCACUAUCCUUCAUGUGCUUCAAAAGCAGCAAGUAGACGUGGAUAAAGCAAUCGAAGCUCUGGGUCUCACGCAUAGGGGGCUGAACUUUCCGCUGGAACCGAUUGCCUUUGAGUACGCUGAGUCUUGGUCAUUUGACCCAAGAAAAGAGAGGUUCGAGGAUAUGAAGAGGGGAACCGGUCCACGGGCCUGUUUCCUCAAACUUUUGGAGCCGGCUUCCGAAGGAAGUGGCGAGGAUAGGCAAAUCUUUCACGGCGACGGAUACGAGUUUAUGGAUGCUAAGAACCACAAAGUCCUGUGGUACCAGAUCGAUUGGGAACACGCGGAACUUGUUGAUCCAGACACGAAGCUGAUGUCCGCCUGGGAUUUCCUGGCGGAAGUUGAGCGUAGUCUCCCACCUCAUUGGGGAUCCCUUCCGAAGGUCACGAUUCUGAUCCAGCCAAAUAGCCUGUCGAAAGUCAGCAGCAGCGAAUGCGACCUUCCUAAGUUGCCAGCCAAUCUUACCUGGGGAGAGUACAAAUCUUUAUCUCAGGCUCAGACCUGCUCCAGGCAGAAUACUCAAGCGAAAACCGAUAGGCUGGAGAUUUGA